UUGAGGUUAAGAGUAAUCUCCCUAAAAUAGAGUGGGGGGACCAAUGAAAAUGAAACUGUAGGUUAAAUAAGGAAACCAGUUCCGAGUUUUUGAAUCUUUCGAAGGCUUGUGAUGCAUAAACUUAAUUAAGAAAAUCAAAUUAUCUAAUUACAAGUCUACUACCAUGCUAAGAAAAUUUCCAAAAACUCUUCAAUAGUAGCCGUUGGAAUAAGAGCCAACACAUAGCCUUCCAUACAAAUUAAGCUCAGAAAUCAGAAUACUCCAGAAAUAUGUGCAAAAAAAAAAAAUGAAGUUGAAGAACAAAUUAAAUUACCCUAAUUAUACGUCCACUAUUGCCAUGUUAAGAAGAUUUACCCUAAAAAUCUUCAAUUUGAAAAAAGUAGCCGUUGGAAUUAAAAUCUUUCUAAGAGCUAACACUUGUUUUUUACUAAGAGCCAACACAUACCUCUAUACAUAUACUUGUAAUCUUGAAAAUUUUAUACACAAUCUACACAAAAUCUUUCUAAGAUUUCUCUUCUUCAAAAGAUUGUAAUUGAGGAAAUCUUUUGUGGGUACGUGAGAUUUUGAUUUAUCCUCUAGAUUUUCGAGCUAUGAUUUCCGGUCGUUGUGCUGCUUGCAGGUAUUUGAGAAGGAGAUGCCCCUCAGAUUGCAUAUUCGCUCCAUAUUUUCCACCAAAUAAUCCUCAAAGAUUUGCUGCUGUUCAUAGAAUCUUUGGUGCCAGCAAUGUUGGAAGAAUGCUCCAGCAACUCCCACCUGAUCUUCGAGCUCAAGCUGCAGACACUUUGUAUUAUGAGGCAGAAUGCAGAGUAGAAGAUCCUGUGUACGGCUGUGUUGGGGUUAUUUCCCGAUUACAUGAACAAAUAGAUGAAGCAGAAUGUGAAUUAGCUAAGACACGAGCUGACAUUGUCAUUAACUCUGAUAUUGGACAACAAGCUCAAGUUCAGCAGCUUCAUGAUGAAGUUGAAGACAACUAA